UAUUCACAAAAGUAGCCUAAAAUUUCACGGGAACCUGAAACCUAGCACAUGUUUGGUGGAUAGCCGACUACAAAUCAAACUCUCUGGCUUUGGAUUGUGGGAGUUUAAAUAUGGAAACAAAGGCAAGAUGAACUCACUGGAAAACCCCAAUUACGAAGGUCAGUGAAAUCAGAAUUUGUUGUAAUAAUCACUGUUAUCCUAAAUAAAUUCACAUGAUGGAGAAGUAACACACGAGUACAUGUUGUAGAGAUGUACUGGACUGCCCCUGAGCUUCUCAGACAGGUCGGUUCCCCGAUCAAUGGAACACCCAAAGGUGAUGUCUACAGCUUUGCCAUCAUAAUGUGGGAACUAAUGUACAACUCCAAAGCUGGUCCGUAUCAGGACAUCAAUCUGGACCCUAAAGAGAUUAUUAUGCAGUUGAGUACACCUUUUCAAGGGGAACCCCUCCGACCAGUGCUGUCUGAACAGCUGGUUGAAGAGAACAUCAAUGCACUGCUAAAAGCCUGCUGGAGUGAAAACCCUGACCACCGACCGCCAUUUGGUUCUAUACGGAGGCGGCUGAAAGACAUUAGUCCAGACAGGUAA